GCCGCAGUUCUCGCGGGUCUCAGGUGUUGCAGGCGGACGGUCGGUGUGCUGAGCAGGCUCCGCGGCGGGUAGCUGCGCGCUCGGGAGGCGAGGGGCUCUCCAUGCCCCGUGAGGUGGGUUCUACUAGCUGCGCUGUCCUCGCCUACCCGGAGCGAGGGCAAAAAGCAUGUCCGGAGAGGAAUAAUUUUCUCCCCUGGACAGAAGAGGGACUUCGUGUUAGAAAGAGACUGGAGACCUGGCUGGGAUGACUCGUGAAGAGAAGUCGACAGAGCAGAGGCGGGGAGAGGAGUCGGGGCAGGCGGUGACAUCAGAGUCGGCCGGGCGGAUAAGGUGGGAGAGCCGCAGGAGCAGAGUGAGUGAGACGCCAGUGCUUAGCGGCUGCCGCCGGUCGCUGCGCACCGCAGCUGAGGGCAACAUGCAGAGGUCCCCCCUGGAGAAGGCGAACAUCUUCUCCAAACUUCUCUUCAGAUGGACAAAGCCAAUAUUGAGGAAGGGUUACAGACGACGGUUGGAGCUGUCAGAUAUUUAUCAAAUCCCUUCUGCAGACUCUGCUGAUAAUCUUUCUGAAAAGCUAGAAAGAGAGUGGGACAGAGAGCUGGCAACUUCAAAGAAAAAACCCAAACUUAUUAAUGCUCUGCGACGAUGCUUUUUCUGGAAGUUUAUGUUUUAUGGAAUAAUAUUAUAUUUAGGGGAAGUAACAAAAUCUGUGCAACCACUUGUGCUAGGAAGAAUAAUAGCUUCUUAUGAUCCAGACAACUCUGAUGAAAGAUCCAUAGCCUACUACCUGGGCAUUGGCUUGUGCCUUCUCUUCCUUGUGAGAACACUGCUCAUACAUCCUGCUGUAUUUGGCCUUCAUCAUAUAGGAAUGCAAAUGAGGAUAGCUAUGUUUAGCUUGAUUUAUAAGAAGAUAUUAAAACUGUCAAGCAGAGUUCUAGAUAAAAUAAGUACUGGACAACUGGUCAGUCUUCUUUCCAACAAUCUGAACAAAUUUGAUGAGGGUCUUGCUCUGGCUCAUUUUGUAUGGAUUGCACCUUUACAAGUGGCACUGUUGAUGGGACUGCUCUGGGAUAUGUUAGAAGCCUCUGCAUUUUCUGGACUUGCUUUUCUAAUAGUCCUGGCCAUCUUCCAAGCCUGGCUGGGACAAAGGAUGAUGAAAUACAGGAAUAAGAGGGCAGGAAAGAUCAACGAGAGACUUGUCAUCACAUCAGAAAUAAUUGAAAACAUUCAGUCGGUUAAAGCCUACUGUUGGGAAGAUGCAAUGGAGAAAAUGAUUGAAAGCAUCCGUGAAACUGAGCUGAAACUUACCCGAAAAGCUGCUUAUGUGAGAUAUUUCAACAGCUCAGCCUUCUUCUUCUCAGGCUUUUUUGUGGUGUUUUUAGCUGUACUUCCAUAUGCUGUGACCAAAGGAAUUAUUCUCCGCAAAAUAUUCACCACCAUCUCCUUCUGCAUUGUUCUUCGAAUGACAGUGACCAGGCAGUUUCCUGGGUCUGUGCAGACCUGGUAUGACUCUAUUGGAGCAAUAAACAAAAUACAGGAUUUCUUGCUGAAGAAAGAAUAUAAAACCCUGGAGUAUAAUCUAACAACCACUGGGGUUGAGCUGGACAAAGUAACAGCAUUUUGGGAUGAGGGAGUUGGAGAGCUGUUCAUAAAAGCAAACCAGGAAAACAACAACAGCAAAGCUCCUAGCACUGACAACAGUCUCUUCUUCAGUAAUUUUCCCCUUCAUGCCUCUCCUGUUCUUCAAGAUAUAAAUUUCAAGAUUGAGAGGGGAGAGUUAUUAGCUGUUUCUGGAUCUACUGGAGCAGGCAAGACUUCUCUUCUGAUGUUGAUAAUGGGAGAAUUGGAGCCUUCACAGGGUAAAAUUAAACAUAGUGGAAGGAUAUCCUUCUCGCCUCAAGUCUCUUGGAUCAUGCCCGGAACAAUAAAGGAGAACAUAAUUUUUGGUGUUUCUUACGAUGAAUACCGGUACAAGAGCGUCGUCAAAGCCUGCCAACUAGAAGAGGACAUCUCCAAGUUCCCAGACAAAGAUUAUACAGUGCUUGGUGAGGGUGGGAUCAUUCUGAGUGGAGGACAGCGAGCACGAAUCUCACUAGCAAGAGCAGUGUACAAAGACGCUGAUUUGUAUCUCCUGGAUUCUCCUUUUGGACAUUUGGAUAUUUUUACAGAAAAAGAGAUAUUUGAAAGCUGCGUGUGCAAGUUGAUGGCAAAUAAAACUCGGAUCUUGGUUACUUCAAAACUGGAACAUUUAAGGAUUGCUGACAAAAUAUUAAUUUUACAUGAGGGGAGCUGCUAUUUUUAUGGAACAUUUUCUGAGCUCCAAGGUCAACGGCCAGAAUUCAGCUCGGAGCUGAUGGGAUUUGAUUCUUUUGAUGAGUUCAGCGCGGAGAGAAGAAAUUCAAUUCUAACCGAGACUCUCCGUCGGUUUUCCAUCGAAGGAGAAGGCAUGGGACCACGGAAUGAAAUAAAGAAGCAGCCUUUUAAACAAACAUCAGAUUUUAAUGACAAAAGGAAGAACUCCAUCAUCAUUAACCCCCUCAAUGCAAGUAGGAAGUUUUCGGUGGUGCAGAAGAAUGGGAUCCAGGUCAAUGGGAUAGAGGAUGACCCACCAGAAAGGAGGCUCUCACUGGUACCUGACUUGGAACAGGGAGAUGUAGGCAUGCUCCGGAGCAGCAUGCUGAACACUGACCAUGUGCUGCAAGGUCGGAGGAGGCAGUCUGUGUUAAACUUGAUGACAGGAGGCACCUCUGUGAACUAUGGACCAAACUUUCCCAAAAAAGGCAGUACAACAUUCCGGAAGAUGUCUGUGGUGCCUCAGGCAAACCUGUCCUCUGAGAUAGAUAUCUACACCAGGCGCUUGUCUCGAGACAGUGUCUUGGACAUAACUGAUGAAAUCAGUGAAGAGGAUUUGAAGGAAUGCUUCACUGAUGAUGCUGAAAGCAUGGGUACUGUUACCACAUGGAAUACCUAUUUCAGAUACGUUACCAUCCACAAAAACUUGAUCUUUGUUCUGAUUUUCUGUGUGACUGUCUUCUUAUUUGAGGUAGUUGCUUCUCUUGCUGGGUUAUGGUUUCUGAAAAAGACAGCUUUGAGAGCAAAUGGAACGCAAUCAAACAACAGUACCUCUGAUAAACCUCCUGUGAUUGUCACUGACACUAGCAGCUACUACAUCAUCUAUAUCUAUGUGGGAGUGGCAGACACCCUGCUUGCCAUGGGAAUAUUCAGAGGUUUGCCCCUUGUGCAUACACUCAUAACAGUGUCCAAAACUCUCCAUCAAAAAAUGGUUCAUGCAGUUCUUCAUGCCCCUAUGUCAGCAUUCAACUCUUGGAAAGCAGGUGGUAUGCUUAACAGAUUCUCAAAAGAUACAGCAGUACUGGAUGACUUGCUUCCACUUACAGUAUUUGACUUCAUUCAGUUAAUACUGAUUGUGAUUGGCGCUAUAACAGUAGUCUCAAUAUUACAACCCUACAUCUUCCUGGCAUCAGUGCCUGUGAUAGCAGCCUUUAUUGUGUUAAGGGCAUACUUCCUCCACACUUCUCAGCAGCUGAAACAACUGGAAUCUGAAGCUCGGAGUCCAAUAUUUACCCAUCUUGUUACAAGCUUGAAAGGGCUGUGGACACUGAGAGCUUUCGGACGGCAGCCGUAUUUUGAGACCUUAUUUCACAAAGCCCUGAACCUGCACACUGCAAACUGGUUUCUCUACCUGUCAACACUGCGCUGGUUCCAGAUGAGGAUAGAAAUGAUUUUUGUUGUCUUUUUUGUUGCUGUGGCAUUCAUCUCUAUCAUAACUACAGGUGAUGGCCCAGGUAGAGUUGGCAUUAUUCUUACAUUAGCUAUGAACAUCAUGGGAACCUUGCAGUGGGCAGUAAACUCAAGCAUAGAUGUGGAUAGUUUGAUGCGCUCUGUCGGACGAAUAUUCAAAUUCAUUGACAUGCCAACAGAAGAGAUGAAAACCAUGAAACCACGGAAGAACAACCAUCUUUCAGAUACCCUUGUAAUUGAAAACAAGCAUGUGAGGGAAGAGAAGAACUGGCCAUCUGGGGGGCAAAUGAUUGUGAAAGAUCUUACAGCCAAAUACGGGGAAGGAGGAGCUGCUGUGUUAGAAAACAUUUCCUUUUCAAUAAGUUCAGGGCAGAGGGUGGGCCUUUUAGGAAGAACUGGCUCAGGAAAAAGCACUUUACUUUUUGCAUUUUUAAGACUGCUGCAUACGGAGGGGGAUAUCCAGAUUGAUGGAGUCUCCUGGAACAUGGUCACCGUGCAGCAGUGGAGAAAGGCAUUUGGAGUGAUUCCUCAGAAAGUGUUCAUAUUUUCUGGAACUUUUCGGAUGAAUUUGGAUCCUUAUGGGCAGUGGAAUGAUGAAGAAAUAUGGAAAGUUGCAGAGGAGGUUGGGCUGAAGUCUGUAAUUGAGCAAUUUCCAGGCCAGCUUGAUUUCGUUCUUGUGGAUGGAGGCUGUGUCCUCAGCCAUGGCCACAAACAGCUGAUAUGUCUUGCCCGGUCAGUUCUCAGCAAAGCUAAAAUCUUGCUGCUCGAUGAACCAAGUGCUCACCUGGACCCUGUAACUUCCCAAGUGAUCAGAAAGACCCUGAAGCAUGCAUUUGCCAACUGCACGGUGAUACUCUCUGAACACAGGCUGGAGGCGAUGCUGGAGUGCCAGCGGUUUUUAGUAAUCGAGGACAAUAAAUUGCGGCAGUAUGAGUCCAUUCAGAAGCUGCUGAAUGAAAAGAGCUCCUUCAGGCAAGCCAUCAGCCACGCGGAUCGCCUUAAGCUACUCCCGGUACAUCACAGAAACUCCAGCAAACGCAAACCUCGACCCCAAAUCACUGCCUUGCGGGAGGAGACGGAGGAAGAAGUGCAGGAGACAAGGCUGUGAGACGUGGUGUGGGCACUCUCUUUGUGGACUGAAUCGCUGGCAGUGCCCCACAGUGACAGGAGCAGCACUUCUGAAUCUGCGGGAGCCACGCACAAUCUGAACCUCGCAGGAGGUGUUCACUGCAGCGGCUACACUCGGGAAUCGCUUCCCUCCCGUGGCUAACAGCGCACAAGUUAGUGCAUGCUUUGAAAUUUUGCCACUUUUAAUGGUGAAAGCAGAUUUUCUUUGCAAAGCUGCUCUGAUUUGGUACAAACGAGAUGGCAAGCAGAAGUAACCUGCCGGGUCCCACACAGUAAUUUCAGCAAACUUCUAGAAUCGCUCUGGCUGAGGUGAGAGGACCAGAUAGCAGCAAGAAGAAUGUCAGAAGAAAUAAUCCAAUCUGGGUGAAAAAUAGAAAAAUCAGAACCUAAAAAGAUUCUUUGGAUUCACUUCCUGCAAACGAAUUAAGGGACAAAUCUCAAGCAAGGCGCACAGAAAACUUCCUCCUCUUUGUUUUCCAUGCAGCAACUAAGUUCAAAUCAGCAGGACAGGCCAAGUGCCCUUUCAUAACAGCGCACAGCUCCGUGUGCGUAGGUGAGAAUGAAGGACGAGAGGAUAUUGACUUGCAAGCCAGUCAACAUCUGUCACUUCUCCACGGUUAAGGGAGGAUUGGUAUUUCCUUCUAAAACCUAGGAGGCUGUCAACCCAACCCUGUACACACUCCCAGUGGGAUGAGUGCAGGCUGACGUCAGUGUGUAGUGAAAGGUAGGACAUCUGUCAGUGGAUCUCUUCAUAUAAAGUCUGCAUAGGUCUGGCACCUUUACAUGCUCUCUACUCUGGUCUAAAACCACAACCAAACCUAUCAAAACUAGACUUUAAUAAUGAAAUUAAUUUUGAUACUCUUCUGGUUGGCAGUUUUAUGAUGAAACUGAACUUUCUCUAGGAUAUUUUAUUUAUUUUAAUAUGGUUGCAAACAUUUGCUAAGGAAAUGAUGUUAUUUUAAGAGUGAUUAUGUACCAUAAAGAAAAAAAAAUACAUUUGUACAAAAAGUUUUAUAUUUGGAUUGUUUGGGGGUAGGGUGGGUUUGCUACUAGUCUUUGAUGUUAUGAUAGAGCUGUUAAAAACGAGGGCAGCCCUAGAGUUAGGCCAGGUGCUGCCCGAUGCUGUCUUUGUGCAAUUCUAGUGAUUAGGCGGUUUAGAUCAUUUUUUUUUUCCCUUGAAAUAAAGAAACAACCAAAAUGUAAACGAA